CCAUCCUCCUCCGUGUUCACAUUCGUUCCGCACCCCCACCAACACACUCGUUUCAGUCGUUCUCUAAUCACUUGUUGUCAAUGGAAGUAUGAAGCUCAAUCUGGCCCUCUUCCUCGCCGUGGCUGCGGCUGCGGCGGAGAGUGUCAUCGACUACACCAAGCUUCCCAACUGCGCCAAACAGUGUACGGUUCUCCAACAAGCUGAGGCUGGUUGUAUCCCCCCGGCGGCACCGGUUACGAACCAAGCAACCUAUCAGUCUUGUCUCUGCCAUUCCACCCUCCUCACUGCCUUUUACUCCUCCGGCGCUCAGUGUGUAACGACGGGCUGCUCUCCCGACGAUUCCACCAAGAUCUCGCAGUACUACACCUCUCUCUGCGCUGGGCCUGUAGUUCAACCACCUGGCGGGACGACGACCGCGGCGACAGCGACGGCAACGACAGCUUCUGGAACGACUAGCUCGGCCUCAAAAACUGCGACGGGUGUAGCUGCUGGAGCCCAGGGUGUGAGCAAUGCGAACUCGUCAAACAACGACUGGUUCCACACGCACUGGAGGUGGGUAGUCAUGGUUAUCGUCAUCUUUUUGGCAAUUGUCUUCUUCUGGGUCGGCGGAAUAUUCCUGCGUCGUCAUUUCACUCGCAAGCAUGAGGCCGCGCGCGCCAACAUGGCCGCCAAGGACGCUCCCUACGUCGCACCGCACACUCCCAGUUCGAACAAGUCCACCCUUGGCAAAGGCGCCACACCCCAAGACGUCAAUUUCUCGCCGAUGACUAUGUCUGGAGGACGCAACGGCAUGGCAAUGGAUGGUGGAGUAGGAGGCAUCGCACCACCACGCGGGCCACCAAGGACUCGAAGCCGCACCAACACGUUGCAGAGCCUGGUAAUCGGCAAUGGCAGUAAGACACAUCUUCCACAGCCAGUCGUCUGGGGUCCACACCAACACCAAGCUUUUGCGAAGGAGAACGGCACCAACUCGCCUGGCAGCUCCGUCCCACCCUCUCCCACGGUUGCUAUCAGUCCACCUCAUCCCGUCUUUCGCAACCGUGAGGCCAUAAACUCGGAGCCCCGCCUCGCCGGCUAUCGUCCAAACCCGAAUGGUGCCUCCCGCGAGCCGAUGGCCGCGUACGGGUACGAGUUGCAAGGUAGACCCGGCCAAGCCAAUUGGAAUCCAGGUCUAGCUGGGGAGGAGAUCGUUCGUCCGCACACUGCUGGUGGAGGAGCCGCUCGCCACGCCUCUGUCGGUCAUGCCCUCAGCGGCAUGAGGAGUGACCCGAUCCUCAAUCCAAGUGCCGAGCCCCAGACAGCUGAGAUCUGUCAGGUAACCCCAAACAAGCUUCACAAGCGCCCCGAGUGAAUGGCACGGUCAAUUGGAUCCGGUUUUCCUUGAUGUAAUUAGGUUUCUGGAUAAGUCCUUUUGUUUGGCGUACAUGGAACGGAAUUGGUGUUAGGUUGAGAAGGCGGGAUACCUGGAUACGGGCGGUUUCCUUUUAUUGUUGAUGACAUGGCCCUGAAUUGGCAUACCUAGCUAUUGGCAGGUAAAUAAUGAAAUGUUCUCAGAUGCUCAAGUUCAAG